UAGCUUUAGCAGAGAGAGGAACGCAUCCAAGCUGUGAGGGAAGAAGGAAGGCUGCAAUAAUGGCAGCUAUCCAAGCAAUCAAAGUCGCAGCAAUCUGCGGCUCACUUCGCAAGGCCUCCUUCAAUCGUGGUCUCAUACGAAGCGCAAUUGAGCUCUGCAACGAGUCUAUUGAAGGGAUGCAGAUCGAGCACGUCGACAUCUCCCCGCUUCCUCUGCUUAACACCGAUCUUGAGGUCAACGGCGUUUAUCCUCCCGCCGUCGAGUCCUUUCGCAGCAAGAUCUUAGCAGCCGACAGCAUCCUCUUUGCUUCCCCGGAGAACAAUUACUCUUUUUCUGCCCCUCUUAAGAAUGCAAUUGACUGGGCGUCUCGGCACCCAAAUGUCUGGGCCGACAAGCCGGCAGCCAUUGUCAGUGCUGGAGGAGGCUUCGGAGGUGGAAGAUCUCAAUAUCAUCUGCGCCAGGUCGGGGUUUUCCUCGAUCUUCAUUUCAUCAACAACCCUGAACUAUUUGUUCAGGCAUUCCAACCUCCAAGGAAGUUUGAUGAUGAAGGAAAUCUCAUUGAUCUUGAAAUAAAGGAGAGGUUGAAGAAGGUUCUUUUAUCAUUGCAAGCCUUUACUCUGAGGAUUCAGAAGAAAAUUUAACUAUAUUUGUUGAAUUGUCUUCCUAAGUUUGAAUGCUAUUGUGUUUUGGAUAUUACUUUAAUCCAUGCUAUUUACUUAUUCAAAUAUGGUUGCAUACCUCACAUAAUUUUCCUCAUGCCUUAUGUU